AUAAGGUUUUACAACAAUAUUUAAAAGCAACAAAUCUAAUAUACAGAAAUUAGUAUAUAUGUGAUUUUUUAUUAUUAUUAUUGUUAUUUUUCUCCCUUUUUAUUUUCCUCAACGUUGAUACUCCACACUCCAUGCCACUAGGGGGCAGAAACAAGUUUGUUUGCCAACCGCCACAAAACUGAAAGAAGAAAGGUUUCUUGAUUGUGUCGGUGUUUAAUUUAAACCGGUUUUGUUUUUCGGUUUUUAAUUUAAACCGGUUUUGUUUUCUUGUUCAUCAUUUCGCGCUAUCGUGUUUUUAUUUGUAGUAUUUUCACUUUUCCUUCUGCCGAAGUUUCAUUUGAUUGUAGAACGCUGUAGUUCUUUAUUCUAAAGACAGCAAGCGGGGUCCAUCCCCAUCGGAUCCGCCUCCAAAUAAUCCAGUGCUCUUCCUCUAAGAUGUAUUACUGCUCCCAGUGUGGAAAGAGUUUUACUCAUCGGAGUCCUCUCCAACGACACGAGCGCAUUCACACAGGAGAAAAGCCGCAUCACUGCACCCAGUGUGGGAAGAGUUUUACUCGUCGGAGUCAUCUCCAACGACACGAGCGCAUUCACACAGGAGAGAAGCCGUAUCACUGCACCCAGUGUGGGAAGAGUUUUAGUGAUCAGAGUCAUCUCCAAAUACACAAACGCAUUCACACAGGAGAGAAGCCGUAUCACUGCACCCAGUGUGGGAAGAGUUUUACUCGUCGGAGUCAUCUCCAAAUACACGAACGCAUUCACACAGGAGAGAAGCCGUAUCACUGCACCCAGUGUGGGAAGAGUUUUAGUGGUCAGAGUCAUCUCCAAAUACACAAGCGCAUUCACACAGGAGAGAAGCCAUAUCACUGCACCCAUUGUGAAAAGCGUUUUACUCGUCAGAGUGAUCUCCAAAUACACAAGCGCAUUCACACAGGAGAGAAGCCGUAUUACUGCUCGCAGUGUGAGAAGACUUUUACUCGUCAGAGUCAUCUCCAAAUACACGAACGCAUUCACACAGGAGAGAAGCCGUAUCAUUGUGAACAGUGUGAGAAGAGUUUUACUUGUAAGAGUUAUCUCCAAAUACACAAGCGCAUUCACGCAGGAGAGAAGCCGUAUUACUGCUCGCAGUGUGAGAAGACUUUUACUCGUCAGAGUCAUCUCCAAACACACGAACGCAUUCACACAGGAGAGAAGCCGUAUCAUUGUGAACAGUGUGAGAAGAGUUUUACUUGUCAGACUCAUCUCCAACAACACGAGAGCAUCCACACAGGAGAGAAGCCAUAUCGCUGUGGACAGUGUGGGAAGAGUUUUACUAGUCAGGGUGCUCUCCGACAGCAUGAGAGCAUUCACACAGGAGAGAAACCAUAUCAUUGUGGACAGUGUAGGAAGAGUUUUACUAGUCAGGGUGGUCUCCGACGGCAUGAGAGCAUUCACACAGGAGAGAAACCGUAUCAUUGUGGACAGUGUGGGAGUAGUUUUUCUCGUCAGAGUACUCUCAAAAUACAUGAGCACACUCACACAGGAGAGAAGCCGUAUCACUGUGGACAGUGUGAGAAGAGUUUUACUAGUCAGAGUACUCUCAAUAUACACGAGCGUAUUCACACAGGACAGAAGCCGUAUUGCUGUGGACAGUGUGAGAAGAGUUUUACUAGUCAGGGUGCUCUCCGACAGCAUGAGAGCAUUCACACAGGAGAGAAACCGUAUCAUUGUGGACAGUGUGGGAAAAGUUUCACCCGUCAGAGUGGUCUCCGACAACACGAGCGCAUCCACACAGGACAGAAGCCGUAUCACUGUGGACAGUGUGGGCGGAGCUAUGCUCAUUCAAGUUCAUUAAGGAAACACAAGUGCUCGAACAUAAAGCUGUCAGAUCUUGAUGUGUGAAUUUGUCAAAUUAAGAUACAUGGUUUAUAAUUUUCAUUUUUUAAAGAGAGGUAAAGAGAUUCAGGCAUAAAACUAUAGUAUAUUAUUUGUCAUGGACUGUAGUAUUCUGUUGCUUGGGACAUUACUUACUCUCUGGGUUUUAGCAGAAUUCAUGAUUUUAUGUUGUUUUCCCCGAAACGCUACAAUAUCAAGCAUGGAAUACACAUUUAACCAGUGGGAAUGCCCACUUUAAUCAACCAAUCCAGACCUCUGAGUGAGACACAUGACUGACAUCUCCCUCUAACGUAAGACUUUUCAUUUGAACUGAUUUGUAAAUGCGAGCUCGAAUUUGUUUUAUAAAAUGUCAUGUGUGUACUAUCGAACUGGACAUCUUCCCAAGCCAACAGAAGAUGGUUGUGUUUACAGGCAAUUUGAAGAGAUAAUUCUUGUCCAAGUUGCUCCAUCUUUGCAGCAUCCAUUUAACUAUAGCUAACUCCACUGUAUGGGGAUGCCUGACCACCACACUGAUAUAUGCCUUUUGAACAUCCUAGAAUAGAACGGUAUCCAGUCCAUGGUCCCUUGAGCCCAGUGUUUGAUAUAGUUUUCAGAUUUACUGCAACCCUGACCAGGAUACACACUUACACAAUAAGAUCAAUGAAUGGAUUUUUGUUGUAUAUAUGUUUCUUUAAGAAAUAAGAAAAUGUUUGUAUGA